AUGACGGCGCUCGCCGUCCUCGGUCGCGCUCCCCUCCAACACCAGGACUGGUUCGAAGACAACGACGCCGCCAUCAGAAAUCUUCUUGCUGAGAAGAACCGCCUGCACAAAGCCUACGUAGAGCAACCCACUGACGACAACAAAGCUGCUUUCUACCGCAAUCGCCGCCAGCUUCAACAAGUACUGCUCGAGAUGCAGGACGCCUGGACUGCCCGCAAAGCUGAGGAGAUUCAAGGCUGCGCGGACCGCAACGAACGGAAGAACUCCUUCUCCGCUAUCAAAGCUGUCUACGGUCCGCCAACAAAGGGCACUGCUCAUCUCCUCAGCGCCGACGGCCACACUCUCCUGACUGAGAAGACGCAAAUUCUACAGCUAUGGGCCGAGCAUAUCUGA